GCUUUGCGUUGCGCUUCUUCAGCACUGGCGACAUGGAGGCUGCAGUGAUGAAUUGGAACAUUGUGCAAGCCACAUUGCGACAGACUUCGUGCAAACUCAGCGACUUCCUGGUACUCCUAGCUUCGUCCUGCAUGGGGGCGGUAAUCAUAUUUGCAUAUCAGAUCGUGUCCCUGACUCUAUCCGGCGACAGAGUGGCCGUGGAGAACAUCAUCAAGUGGACAGGGUGGUUGUACUCUCCCCUGAUUCUGUUUCUCUACGUUCUGUCGACUGCAGCAGCCGUCACGGAGAAGGUCGAUCGCUUGGCACCUCUUGUGAACUCCUGGUCAUUCGAUGGUCGGGAGACCCUGGACGAAUCGCGACAGUAUGUGGUGUCGUACAUCUUGCAUAGCCAUGCAGGUUUCUAUGCUCGAGGUAUCCGCAUUACAUCAGCGAACGUGCAGAAGCUUGUCUACUACUUCGCCGCAGGGUCGUUCGGCCUCCUCACGAACCUAUGGCAAAGAUAG